AUGACCCCAUCCACGACCCACGUAGCAAAUGCAAGUAAAGUUCCAAUUUGGGCAAAAGUGACCGAUGAUGGCACAAAAGUCAUUCAAAGUGUGGUGAUCGCAGUACCCGGUGAAGUGGAAGUCAGGAUCGAGACAGCUAGCAAAUUCGCCGCUGAACACGGGUUUACGAAGAUCAGCCCCCGAGUUGCUACUCCUUUCUUCGCUGGCGAUCGCAUGCUGUGGGUGUUCAAGACGAAAGUGUUCGUCAGCGCCUACUACGUUGAUCCUAAGACAGGAGCCAUUUGCGAAAUCUGUUCCGCACAUCCGUUACCGGCCAACUACAGUGCGAUCGUGGCCAAAGAUAUGACAAUUCGAGCAACUGAAAUGGGCGAACUAUGGAAGGACAUUUCGGGUCAAUGGCAUUGA